GCUGCAGCUUGAGCUCGAGUUGCACUGACAUCGCAGACAAAAUGGCAAUGGAUAAUUUCAUAUUUGCGCAAUGCAUCCUCUACUUUUUAGCAUUCGUGUUUGCUUUCAUCGCCAUAGUACCUCUGUCGGAGAACACGGAGGAUUUUCGGGGCAAAUGUCUGCUUUUCACGCGGGGGAUGUGGCAGAACGAGAACAUCACCGUGUCGAAACAGCGCUUCAUCAUUGAAGAAUGGGGACCACAGUCAUCCUGCAGCUUCAUCACCGCCGUCGGCAUCGCGUCGCUCAUCCUGUCCGCUGUUCAAGCCUGGAGGUUGCUCUUCUUCGUCUGCAAAGGCCACGACGACUCAAUCUUUAAUGCCUUCCUGAACCUGCUCAUCAGCACGUUUGUAGUGUUUGCGGUAUUCCUGUCCAGCACAAUAGUUAGCGUGGGUUUCAAUCUAUGGUGUGAUGCCAUCACAGAAGGAGGCAGUAUGCACAGCAGCUGCGAGGACCUCCAGGACACGGAUCUGGAACUAGGAUUAGACAACUCUGCAUUUUAUGACCAGUUUGCCAUUGCACAGUUUGGUUUGUGGGCGGCCUGGCUGACUUGGCUCGCUAUCACCAUCGUGGCCUUUCUGAAGGUCUACCAUAACUACCGUCAGGAGGAUCUGGUCGACAGCUUGAUCCACGAGAAAGAAUUCCUGCUCGGACGCUCUUCACGCCGCAGCUCUGAUGUGGUACACGACAAAAGUGGCAUGAUAUGAUCAACUGAACAUUUUGCAAUCCUAGAAAAUUCCUACUGUGAUGUGUGCAGCAUUCUCAAGUAAAAUGCAUUCAUAAGCUUCUCCAUUUGGUUCGUGAACUUUGAUUUUUGACUGUCGAUGGACGCUAUUUGAGCUGAACUGAACCAAAUGUUUAUGAAUGACAUUUUAUUUGAGCUGUAUUUGAUUGAUGACUGAGAAUGCACUUUAUUGUUCAGAGGUCACAGAUUAUUUACACACAACAUUUUUGGAUGUUUAGCUUGAAACACAAAACUCUGAACAAAAAAAAAAGCAGUGAACAUGUACGUAUAGGGGGUAGUUCACCCCAAAAAAUUACAAUUCCGUCAUCAAGUGGUUCCAAAACCAUAAGACUUUCCAGAAGAUUUAAGAGAUUUCCUAUAACCUAUAAUCCAAAAAGCUUUCAAGCUGAGACAUUUCAUGAAGAUGGCUUAAACGUAAUUCAAAAGGAUUCUCUAAGUGUUUAGAAGCGACAGUUUGCUUCAGAUGAUGCUUAGGUUUAUUUUUGGCCUUAAUUUAUAUUCAAACAUUGAUUAGGUGUAUUUGUGAGACAUGCAAGCUUACUGACUCUUAUUAAUGCUUUAAGCAAAUACAUUUUAGUUUUUGUUUACCAUAUAUGUUGUGCAUCUAUAAAUUUCUAUGUAUAAAAGCCUACAUGAAAUGCUAUAAACUGAUCAUGUCUUGGUCUUAACCGUCCAAUUCAAGUACAAAGUUUGUUGAAUGGACUUUUGGAAAUUCCUUUAUGAAGGAUAUAACAGAAAAGAUCUCUUUAAAGCGCUCAUAAAAUCAAAAUGGAAGACUUUUGGCUUUUGUUUUAAAUAUGUUAGCCUUAAAGUUAUCUACAAGCUAGCGUGCUCCCAAACAGCAACAUAAUUCAUGUUUAGAAGAACUAAGUACUAUAUGAGAGAGUAUAGAAUACAUAAGACAUGUCACUACACAAGCAACAGUCAAUAUGGCAAAUAAAGCCCUGCCUUCUAGUACAGAAGGUAAUCAUCGAUCACUAUAGACUGACGAUACUCUAAGGGAGGGGCUUAGACCAGUCGUGAGUUUCUGCAGAUUUUGAACGUUUAUGCUGCGUUAACACCAGACGCGGAAGAAGUGUCAAGCGUAAGUGAUUUACACGUUAAGUAAAUGCAAAGACACGAAUAGAUGUCCUGCGGUGUGAAUGACGCGAUUUGCACAAAUGAAGCAGCGCGAACUGUUGACACAGACAACAGUUCAUCAAACUGGGCUCGGUUCAGUCAGAAGCACCGCUGAAAGCUUCUAUCAUCCAAGAUUCAGGUAUAGUUUCUGGAGGAGUUUAUGAGCUCACAGAGCUCAGUAUGAAUGUCAGUAGUAUACAUUGAACUCGAACGUACUACAUCCGCCAUUUUGUCCUAGCCACGUCAGUUGCAUGUCUUCACUCCAAUUCAUGAAUUCUCUUGCGGUGCAUCAUGGGUUAGAUUCACUUCAGAAUCUCGCUGGAAGUAGUAGGUCAUCCAGGUACUUCUCGCAUACUAUUUUCAAACUCAGACACACUACUCAUUUUUAGCGUUCUAUACAUAUGGAUGAAUUAAAUUUCAAACGCAGCCUUUAACUGUAUUCAAAACUUUCAGUCUCUUACUUCUGGACUAACAAUUUUGAUGAGAUCAUGCUACACUUCUAAUUUUCUGUCCAAUCAAAUGCUGUCUGAAAUCUGAAGCAUCAAGUUUCUCCAAUAGACAUGCUAAAAUCACAUUGAGUAGCACUGUGUUUCAAAGCGAUUCUUUAAAGUACAUUUGAAAUCUAAAUUUAAAAUGUUCACAUUGUUAGCGCACAUUGCUGUUUUUUAGGUGAACAAUGAAUCUGUACAAACGUUAAUCCACUUUGGUAAUCUUUAAUCAAAAUCACCAUUUACUUUUGCAUUUGAUUCCUGCAUCCUGUUGACAUCAUUUUGUCAGCUUUAGCCAUCAAUAUUCUUAACCACGCCCCUCUUACCGUUAGUUUGCUAUGAGGGAAUGAUGCGCAAAAAGAAAGCCCCACCCCCACUCAUAUUUAUUCAUAUAUAUUCAAAUAUUCCAUUAAGAGUACAUAAACAAACUGAAAUAAAAGAUCUUUCUGUUCACAUGCCCUUAAAAAAAAGAUCUCCAUUUGUGUUUCAAAAUAAAAGUCUAACAGGUGACAUAAGGAUAAAUAAAUGACAGAAUUGUGACUUUUUCCUGGAUGAACUUUCCUUUUAAGGAAAUAUGCUUUAAUGAAAUAUAUAUCAUGUGUGACAUACAAUCAAAAUCUUAUCAACAGUUAUGUUUUUACUCGAGCUGAUCAUUGUUUCCCGCUAAAGCCUGUAUUUAAAGCAGCGCUAGAAGUGAGCAACAGCUUCCAGUCAGUCUCUAUUGCAUCAGUGCUAAACAAUAGCUAGGAGUUGGACUUAGAACAUACAUCGUAGCUCAGGUAAUUACUAGUUUUAAACACUAUUUGAGGUUCUUUUUGUGUGUGUGUGAUCCAUGUCUGGUUUUCAUUCCCUUCCAGUACUGCCUUUAUGUAUGAGACAUAUAUAAUCAUUUAUAUUACUGUGGUAGUUUCUUUAAUGGGAAACAGGCUUGCAUGUACACAUAUUUUAUAUGAAAAGAAACAGACCAAUGAAGAAAAAACAAAACUUUAUAAAGAUAUUGAAGGCAUAUGACAUCAUUCACUGAUCAAAUGUGAUAUUUGAAAGAAUAAUGCUUUCGUGAUUUGAUUUAUCCUGUUUACUUUCCUUGAAUCAUUGAUGAGGCAAUUACACUUCAUAUAGUUCACAAUUAUUUGAGGUAUUAUUGUGCAUGCUGGAAAAAAUUUUGAUGUAUGCAAUUUUGUUUUGUUGGUUUAAGGACAUUAUAAACUAGGUUAUGUUUUGCUAAUUAAUGGUGUGUGAGCAUGAGUUGUGAUUCACUGUAACUCAAUAACACACCCACAUUUCUGAGAACAAUACAUUAUAAAUUGUUUUGUGCAUCAUUUGAUUUGUGUAAUUUCCAACAGUAUAAGUCCAUAUUUGUUUGUUUUAGGGCUUUUAUUUAAUAAAAUUGCAGUAUAAACAGCAAUGAUCAAAAUACAAAGCAAUUGUUGACUGAAUUUUCUGACCAUGAAAUAAAUAACUAGUGAGCAUUUAAAGCUGUUUUUGGUGUGGAGUUUUUUUUUUGGGGU